UUUGACUUGGUGUUAAAUAAAAGUGUCAAAGUGACGUGGAACGUUAGCUUGUUUGUGGUUUUCGUUUUUGAAAGUCUUUUUAUUUACUGAAAGUAGUGAAAAUGACUUCUCUGCUGAAUUCCAUCGAUACCGGGCACGAGGAUAUGAUCCACGAUGCCGAGGUUGACUAUUAUGGUUUGCGUCUUGCCACUUGUUCAUCGGAUCAUUCCGUUAAAGUAUACGACAUCAAGAAUGGAGCUCACAACUUGAUUGAUGAUCUGAAAGGACACUUUGGUCCUGUAUGGCAGAUUGCCUGGAGUCACCCCAUGUUUGGCAACCUCUUGGCCUCAUGCUCCUAUGAUCGCAAAGUUAUUAUUUGGAAGGAGACCCAAGGGAAGUGGAGCAAGUAUUACGAAUAUGCCAAUCAUGAUUCCAGUGUAAACUCAGUUCAGUUUGCUCCAGCUGAGUUUGGUUUAAUACUUGCCUGUGGAAGCAGUGAUGGAUCCAUUUCCAUUUUAACAUACCAAAGUGAAACCAACAACUGGGAUGCAAAGAAGAUUCAGAAUGCCCAUACCAUUGGUUGCAAUGCUGUGAGUUGGUGUCCUGCCAUUACACCAGAACCUGCAUUUGAUAGUAAUCAUGUUGGACCAAUGCAAAAGAGAUUAGUAUCUGGUGGAUGCGAUAAUCUUGUGAAAAUAUGGAAGGAGGAAGAUGACAAGUGGGUUGAGGAGAAGAAAUUGGAAGUGCACUCAGAUUGGGUCAGAGAUGUUGCCUGGGCUCCAUCAGUUGGAUUAAGCAGACACACUGUUGCCAGCUGUUCUCAAGACAGAAGAGUUGUCAUCUGGACCAGUGAAGAUUGUCAGAGUUGGAGCUCAAAUAUCUUGCAAACAUUUGAUGAUGUUGUUUGGAAUGUCAGUUGGUCUUUGAAUGGAAACAUCUUAGCAGUAUCUGGAGGUGACAAUAAGAUCAGUCUGUGGAAGCAGAAUCUGGAUGGAGCUUGGAAAUGUAUUAGUGAUGUUACUAAGGGACAAGCUACUAACAAUGAACAACGUGCCCUUUAACAAAAUUU